AUGACUGAUCUACAAAUAAAUACUAAAUUACCGUUACGCCGUAAUCGGCCUGGUACUAAAGCAAAAGACUGGUGUCAUUGGCCUGAAGAAACAUCAGAAAAUAUGGAUUCAUUGUAUCAUAUUCAACAAUAUAUUCAACAAUCUAUUCGACGUAAUCCAUCAGAUAUUGAUUUUAUUCUUCAAGCACCUGAUCAACAAGAUGAAGGUGUUUGGAAAUAUGAACAUUUAAGACAAUUUUGUCUUGAAUUAAAUGAUUUAACUGUUCUUUUACAAAAAGAAUGUUUACCAGAAACUUGUACUCAAAUGACAGCAACCGAACAAUGGAUAUUCUUAUGUGCUGCUCAUAAAAAUCCAAAAGAAUGUCCAGCUAUUGAUUAUACAAGACAUACACUCGAUGGAGCAGCUUCAUUAAUAAAUAGCAAUAAAUAUUUUCCUAGUCGGUAAUUAUACUAUUAAUUAUUUUAAUAGAUUAUAAAAAUGCGGUAGAAUAUAUGAAUGUAUUGACUUUAGUCGAAAGGAAAAAUGUCGAACAUUUCGAAUAUGGUUUAAGAUAACAUGUUAGUAAAGUUGAUGUUGAGAAAGUACUAGCAAGAAGAUUGAUAUGAUGUCCGUUGAGCGAAAAAUCAUAUCUGUGAACAGGUUUUUCAGCAAAAUGCGCGAAAGUUACAACCGCCAAACACCUUUCGCCCUCACCCUCACUUUUCGUCUAUACCCUCAUCGAGAAAAAUCAUUUCGCUCAGUUGCCCCGAUACCAGAUAAACCAUUAUUAGUUCAUAUAUAAUUCUCUAUUAUUAUUUUGUUACUGUUGUUUGAAUAAAAUGAUUAAAAACAUACUUUUACCUAUUGUUUAUUUCUGACAACAGUAACACUUCUAAGAUCUUAUUCCUAUCGUUUUUAAACUUU